UUUCCGGGAAAAUGAAAAACCAAUCGGAACUGAACGGACUUUCUGAUUAUCCUAAUCCUCUUCUCGUCAACCGUCGGCAGUUUUCGAGUUGCUCCUCUCCUACCAUUCUUCCUGCAUAAUCCUGCUGCUUCAAUUUUCCCAAUUUGUUAUUAGUUUGCCGCAAUUUCAACUCCCGCUCCCGGAGAAGACACUGCUCGGUCAGUGUUCGACGAAAUGCCGCAGUGAGCUGCGGAAAAAUCCAGCAGAGACUUGGAGAGGGGGAUGAGAUUGUCGCGGAGUCUACACGUCUGGAAGAUGGGGACGGUGAACUACUUGGAGGCGCUGAAGCUGCAGGAGAAGUUGCUCUCGGAGAGGAAAGCCCAGAAGAUCGGCGACACGCUUCUCUGUUUGCAGCAUCCUCCAACGUACACUCUGGGGAAGCGACGAACGGAGCACAACUUGCUCAUUUCCGAGUCCGAACUGAGGAACAUAGGGGCUCAGCUCCAUUACACCGAGAGAGGUGGAGACAUAACCUACCACGGCCCUGGUCAGGCGGUGCUGUACCCGAUUCUGUCUCUUCGGGAGAUUGGACUCGGUGCUCGGAAGUACGUUGAGCAGCUUGAGCUUACUAUGAUUGAGCUGGCGUCUCUCUAUGGAGUGAAGGCUUCUGUUGGAGAAAAAGGGGAAACUGGGGUCUGGGUUGGAGAUGGGAAAAUUGGUGCCAUUGGAGUUCGUAUCUCUGGCGGGAUCACUUCACAUGGAUUGGCGUUCAACAUUGACCCGGAUUUGAACUACUUCAAGCACAUUGUCCCGUGUGGGAUUGCGGAUAAGCGAGUUACUUCGCUGAGGAAGGAGACAGAUCUUGAAAACGAAGCACGCUUCUUGUGAGUAAGUCACAUGGAAGAUGAGAUUUCUCGAUAUCUUCCUGAACGAUACAAUAUUCGCAAGAAAGAAAGAUUCUUCCUCCCCAAAGACUAUCCCGGCGAUUUGUAGGUUCUGUCACCUUUUCAUCACAUGAGAGCAAGUCCAGUGUUGCUGAUGGAGAUCAGCAGAAAGGUCUGGAUACAAGUCUUAGGAAGGCACCGCCAAGUUAUUCAAAUCCCAUCCAGAAUAAGUGAUGUCAGUCUGAUGUGUUCAGCAAUCCUUGGAAACAAGAAACCAGAAGCAUGGUUUCUUCCAACAUUUUUGUAGUUUCCAUGUAUAGUUUACUGUUGGAUAGUUAGAGAGAUUAGAGGUUGAACAAAGUUAGUAUGUUUCUUUUGGACAUCAUGACCAUUUUUUCAUUUUUCCCCUCUCAUCUCUAAUUUACUCAUUCUUUAGUAAUUCGUAUCUAACAUUAGAUUACUUCUUAUUGCUGUAUCUACGGCAAACAUGUCAUAUUUAAGUGUCUAUUGCAGAAAGUUCAAAGUUUCUGUUUCUGGUAGUUGAUAAUGCACAGAACUGUGUCCUUGGAUUAUCGUCUAGAAAAGAUGCAUGUGUUCUGGUUAUCCCAUAUCGUCUUGUACAUUUCUGUGUUAAAGGCUCUAUUUAAUGCUUCCCCAAAUUCUGGCUCGUAUCUCUCUGUUUAAAUCCUUUCUAUCAUUCUCCACCUGAAAAGGAAAAAGGGAAAAGGAAAGCAGCAAGGAAAGAGCCUUGAGUUACUUACUAAAAAUUCUGCAUAUCUUCAAUCAACAAAUUGAGAUUCAAAGCUGAACACUACCAUUGGAAGUUAAAGUAGAGUGCCGCUCAACACUAAUUGGAAAUGAUCUUCUCCGGUUUCUUCGUAAAUACACCCCUGGGUUGUAUUUGCUCUUGUUUCAAACAAAAUAUCAUUUCAUUAAUAAAAACAUACCACUUAUUGGAAAUAAAUUUCGUGUAACAGAUCCUGAAAUCUCAUAAAAGCUGUAUUUCUCAUGUUGGAUGGGAAAUUCAUUUUUUCCCAUAGAAGAAGAUAUGAUAUGUGAAGAAAAAUGGUGAGGGCAAGUUCCCUAUCUUCCUGUGGAUGGUAGUGUUAUUGUAGAUGUAACGUUCUAGCUUUGCACUUGAAGAUUUGCUGCUUGUACACUUGCAAAUUUCAAAGUUCUCUCUACUAUUUAGAAAUAUAAUUGUGUCGUUGUUAAUCCUGUUCUUCCUUUAUUAUGUUGAGGAGUAAUGCUUGUAUAGUGUUAAACUAGUUACAGCUCAAAGGAGCGAGCGAUUGCAAAUACAGAUCAUCCCCCCUCUUUUUCCUCCCACCCAUGGAAAAAGAAAACAGUGGAUUUAAUGAUUUCUGGGUGAAGACAUUGUCUACUCAGGAAAAGCCAAACUGGAGGUUUCUCGCAGCUACACGUGUGUGGAAUGCAAUGGAAGAAUGGUCCAGGCACAUUCAAUGACCGGAAAGACUCUAUGUAACGGGCAUUUUUUUGUGUUCUGUUCGUGAUCAGCAAUAAGACCAGUGAAUGCAAUCAAGAGAGUGGGUUUUAUUUUGUGUGCUCUCUUCACUGAUCUCUGAACAUGAGAAUUCGUAAGAGCAGGUCUCCCUUCCCCAUUCUGUAUCUCAAUGCCCAGCAGAACGCUUCAGUAUCAUCUCAGGAUCAGUCUAAGCGAGGGCAGGUGAUGAUGGAUCCAGAAUUGCUUGAUCAGUUGCAACUAGAUGAGGCAAAGCAGAUCGGUGGAAGCUCUUGUGCGCCAGAUAUGCAGAAACCGGUAUCGAAGAGACACAAAGGAACUAGCAAUCGAGGAAGAGCCACAAGCAAGCCUGGUAUUUAUACAAGGAAAAGGCGUAGACCUGAGUAUCCAACUAUAAUUGUGUUAGGACUGAGAGCUCACCUUCCAUCAGAUCAUAAGAACCCAACUCCCAUAAGGAGAAGUAGAAGAAAGGUAGAUAAAAAUGAAGCUGCAGAAACAAGGUUGGUGUCAGCUGUGUCUCCAAAGAAAGAUCCUAGUGGACCUGAAGUUAAUAAGGAGGCAAAGUCCAACAAUUGUGUGUGGAGGAGUGAACCGUCCCUCCCUCCUUCUCCACCAAAUGAUACCGUCGAGGAUCGAGACAAGGAAGAUCAACUAUUGUUCUUGGAGGUGGUUGAGGCUCUGCAGAGGGUGGAGCCAAAGAGACGAAGGGGAAGGCCAAAGAAGGUACCUACAGACCAGCUGGCGGAGGUAGAAAUCGAAUAACCAUUCAGUGAAUCAAAAGGUAUCGGCUUUAAAGAAUCUGCAGUGGCCCAAAAAGUUACCAGCUUUAAAGAACAGUACAGCUAAAGCCACCUCUGGUUCGUAUUAUCCCCCUGGUUAUGUUUCAGUUGAGUGAAACUGUCUUUGUCUCUCAAUCUAUCCUUUCGCGCUUCAGUGACUUGUUAAAGCUCGGUUAAACUCAUACCUGGGCCAAAUGUUGUGGUUUCUGAACUUGAUGUAAUAAGGUUAGCAUGUUAUGCAGCAGCCAUCUCAGUGGUGAAUCUCAGAGAUCCAACCAAGUGCUGCUGCUUAUCGUUGACUGUUUGAUAUUGAUGCUGCCCUAUAUUCGAUAUUCAUGAAGUUUUUAGAUCAAUGUUAAAGGUUC